UACCAAGGUGGCCGGUGGCAGUGGUGUCUGUCCGUGUGUCCGUCGAUUUCGGUUUUUGUGAUUUUAAAAGACGCAGGAAAAUAAACAAACAUGAACGUCGUGGUUUACAACGUGUCAGAUGCUGAGGUACUGGAGGUAGUAGAUCCUCUAGACCAGACUUCGUCCGCUCUAGACUCCGACGUAGACCCUCUCAGACCUUACAACAUGUCACUAGUCAGACCAGAAUGCCACAUUGAUAUGAUUCCAUCGAUAAACGACUAUUUUACAGCAUUCAACCUAUGGGGUGUGUUGUUGUUCACCCUGGGAGGGCUGGCAGUGUGUAUAGUUCUAGCAGCCUACUGUGACACCCUCAGACAUGUGCUCAGAUCAAGUCCACCUCUGGUCAAGACACAUUCUGCCAUAAUUCUCAGUGUAUAUCCGGUGGUAGCACUGUCUACAUACUGUGCCACUGUGGUGCCCCGUGCUCAACUAUUAGCGGAGGCUGUCACACAGGGAGUGUUCAUGGCGGGGAUGUACCAGCUGUUUUGUCUGAUGAUAGCCUACUGCGGGGGCGAGGCUAUGCUGAUCAGCAGGGUCAAGCCUCUGUCUCUGAGCCCCAGAGUGGGUCCAUGCUGUUGCUGGCCUUGUUGCGGGUUUCUACCUGUCAUGCACAUAGAUAAAGACCGAGUAAGAUGGCUACGUGUACUGGUGUUGCAGCUACCAGUGGUACAAGGACUAGUCUACAUGGUACUUCUAGUGAUGUGGGCAGAGGAACAGAGUCUCUACCAAGUGAACUACAUGUACUUGCAGCCGCUAGUCGUCAUGUCCAUCUUGUGUGGGGUCUGGGGAAUCAUCAUGACCAUGAAGAUGCUUACUGAGGUGCUGCAAGGCUAUCACAUCCAGGGAAAGUUCAUAGUUCUGCAGCUGGUGCUGAUAUUGGCAAAACUGCAGGGAGUCUGGGCGAGGCUGUUUGUUUGGUUCGGUUGGCUGCCCUGCAAACCUCCCAUUACUCCCACUGUUUAUGCUAAUUUGCUGUAUAACUCGCUGAUGCUGUGGGAGAUGGUACUGCUCUGCCUGUGUGCCCGAUAUCUCUACAAGAGGCCACUACCUCCGGCGCAACCCAGCGCUAGAAACUCACACUUCACCAUCACAUCAAUCAGUGAGAAAGUUCCACCAGCGCCGACAAUCAACAACAAUACCAACGCCAAAUUUUGAGCUCGGAGGCUGAUAAAUUCCAUGAUGUAAUUAACUUGAUAGAGUUGUGCGGUUCCUUUUCAAUCGAUUGACAAAACCGGCUAUGAUUGCGCCAUUGUACAACACAAAGGAUCCAAGUUGUUGGAAAUCAUCAGCUGUAUGUAGGGUCCAAAAGUAAGAACAGCUGUAGUAGUAUCAGCUGGUUGAAACUCUUCUAUUUCAUAACACAAGUGAUCCUUUUUUGUGUGAAAUUUUCAGUUUCAAAUCUCAGAGGGCCAUUUUAAAGACGUAGACAUGAAACAAACAUUUUUUGCCAUAGUUUAUUUUGGCCAGAGAAACAUAUUUUAUUUUAUGUAUCAGGUUCCGUGUUUAUGCACGUAUUGUGACUAUUUUUAAUGAUGCAAACUGCAAAGGAAUGUUUUGUUUGGUGUCUACAUCAUUAAUAGGAGGAAUGAACAAAUCGGAAGCUAUAUUAGUUGUUAUGUUUAUAAGAAGAGUAAUGUUUUAUUUGAAAGACAAUGAGCUAAUGAAUUCAAAAUGUACACUAUUUUGCCGUCAACCAACAUCUUAGUAAAAUAUGAUUAGUAAAAAGCUCAAUGCUUUUAUGGUACCACCUUUAAAAUUGAUGAUUGCAUUACGCAACAUAUAUUUUAAAGUAAAUGUUAGGAACUACUGUCGCUUUAGUAAAUUUAAUAUUUAUCUAAGUUUAGAGUUCAAUCAUUGCAAAAAUACAUUCUUUGAAACUGACGGCACAACAUUUCAUGAAUGAAUAAAUCAUUCAUUCAUUUUACUUUAAUGUAAUUGCUCAGAGAGAAACCAUGACAAAUUAGAAAAAAUAUCUAUUUUAUUAAAAGUAAAAAAUAUUGGAAAAAUUAUUGUAAUAUAGUUUUAGUCUAUACCUCAUUUUAGUUACUAGUAAGAUAAUUGUAAUUAUUUAUAUUAUUUUGGUAAUAUUGCUAUUACCUUUCUGUGAUAGAUUUAUACUACAUGUACUCCGCAUUACAAAUUAAAGAAUGGACUUGAGUUAGUUCGAUAAAGAAGUUUGCAGCUUGAAAGAUAAAAAAAAAAACAGUAAUUUGUACAUUUUGUUGUAUUACCGGUGUGGAAGCAAUACCAAAAUACAUGCAAAAUAAGUUAUGAUUAUUUAAUCUCAAUUGAUGUCAAUAGAUGCUGUAGUUGUGACGUAUGACAAAAGUCCUAAAACCAUCCAGCAGACAAAAGUACAUCAUUAUUUGAUAAGGUUAACCUACCAAUGAAAUAACAAAUAACUACAUAUACUGUAGGAGCAAAACCCAAAAUUGUUAUCUAAAGUAAACCCAUCACAAUUGACACAACAUUUUGUUAUCCAUCAUGUUAAAUCCCUUCUUUUAAAUUUUUUUAGUCAUACUUGACACGGACAAUUUUUACCACUGUCAUAAUCUCCUUUCAAACUGUAUUUUUCUGUUUAAGUUUGUAUACAUGACAUCCCAAUAAAAUAUUU